GGUUGGGUUUUUCUUCACACGUAAAUCUCACCUGAACCGACUGGAUCAUCGUCUUUUUAUUUUAUUAUUUCUCUCUAUUUUAAUUCAAGAUAUGGCACUCGUAGUCAGGCCUCAGACAAGUCCACUUUUGACACAACAGAACCUUCUUAUUAAUUCAAUUCAGCCUAACAAUGUCGAUGCGGAUACAGUAGUUAAUACGUUAACACAAUAUUCAGAAGAAGGGUCAAAACAAUUGAAAGAGUAUAUAAAUAAAGAAAUACAGGAUCGCUGGAAAGACGUUGAUCCAGUCGAUGUUCAGGAUGAUUUAAAACCAGCACUUGUCGAAUAUCGUCGCCAAAAGAAUUGGAAGGAUCCAAAUCAGAGAAAAACCCCGUCGUUCACUGAAGCAAUAGAGGCUUUGAUAAACAUCAAUAACAGGAAAAAUGUCCCUAAGGGAUCGGGUUGCAAAUUUAUUGAAGUAGGUAUUCACCUCCAAGAGUUGGUCAGGCAGUUAAUGGCAAUGGAUCAGCUUCUGGGAAACUUUAAAUGUUUCAAAUCGACAAGAGAAAAGUACAGUAAUCUUCUUCAAAAGAUACGAAAUUUGGGAUUGGAACAUUCAGUUAACAAAGACAUGCAUAACAGUUUCAGAAAGAAACCCUUGCUUGGUAGGGUAUAUGCCUUACUGUUCAGUGUUGUUCCAAUAAUGCUGGAUAUUAUCGAACAAAUUGUUGAAAUCAUUUGUUUUGAAAUACCGAACGCAGAAAUAACAGAAGAGGAAGUUAAAGAUUGGGCCAACAAAGCAAAACAGCAAGCCAGUCAACAACACUUUGUGCACGUUAGAUAUGAUCAUUAUAUUCGGCAUAUUAAUGUGGAUACUACUGAUAACCAAAUAGAUGGAAUAAAUGAAUUGACUAGACUACUGGACGCAGUGAUAAAAGAAAAUCAAGAUCUUCAUUUAGCUUUGAAGAAACAUGAUGCAGUGGAUACUUCUGAUGACCAAACAGAAGAAAUCAACAGAUUGAGGAGAUUACUAGACGAAAGUACCAAAGAAAACCAAGAUCUUCAGUUAGCUUUGAAGAAACAUAAUGCAGGAGAAGAGUGUAGUUUUGAGACCCCAAAACAUGAGUCAGGCAUACCAUAUAAUGAGUUAGAUGCGUUGUUACGUUUAUGUCGCCAAAAAGCGGAGCAAUGCAAUAUGGAAACCCAGUUAGAAACUAAUUAUUCAACAGAGAAUUUUGCAUACGGAGUGUUUGAUAGCAGAGGGGGAAAUUUGAGCGUUGGGAAUGGCGAUAUUAAUUUGUUUAUUCCACAAGGUGCAAUUUCAUCAUUAAAACAGGAAAUCUAUAUUUAUAUAGACCCAAAGGCACGCUUUUUGAAAGAAAAUCAAGGUGAAAUCAAAGGUCUCAAAAGACAGGUGGAGACUCGGGUAGCACCAAUCGUUACCUGUGGCCCGCCAGGAACCUCCUUUCUCAGCCAUGUUGUCCUAACCUUUCCCCACAAUGCAGUAGAAGAGGAAAAAUGGCAAUUCACUGCUGUGCGCUCAGAGGGAGACAGACAGACAGAUGAUUGGCAAAAUAUAGAUGAUGUUGAAGAUGACGAUAGCUUUUUUAUUGUCGAUGAUGGGUUCUGUAUGUUUAUGGUGAAACAUUUUACUCGUUUUACCAUAACAAAUUCAACAGUUUGAAAAGUUGUUGAAAUUUUAAUCUGAAAUAAAGGGAAACUUAUUCUAUUAAGCGACCACAAGCGAGGCGGAUAAAUAUUUAUAUCAAAAAGAUAAUUAAUAACGGUAUAGAGUAGCCCUAACCUAGUAUUAAAGAACCAAUGUGGAUGGUUAUUAAUAUAACGAUACAAUAAAACAUAGGAAACAAAAACAUUAACAAAUAAAGUAGUUUAUUAAACUGAAAAACUGAUUUAUUUAAAAUUAACCAUAGUUUGUUUAAAAAAAAAAUACUGAACUGUUUCUUUUCUGGUUCAGUUCAGUUCAGUUCAGUAACAUUCAUUUAAAUCGAUAUUCAUGUGAAAGUAAACAAUUAAUAGCCAUAAAUUACGAUUUAGGAAGCAGAUUAGAAGUUAAAAACUUUGCUAGAAGCAGUGGUGUUAAGCUUAAUAAUGAAUAAAUAGAACCAUAUAUCCCAAUAAGAAACAUUUGCACUGCAUAAAUUAUAUUGAGUAAAUGAAUACUUGAUUACAAAUUUUAAUUGAAUUUCACCAAUUUAACAAACUGCUCACUGUUCUACUUUGAAAACUGGUGGCGCCAGUCAACGCACAUCGACAGAAGAAGGUAGUAACCAACCAAACCAAGCCAAUUCGUACUGACAUACUGACUGGCUGUCAGCGAAACUGAUGAAUACAUCUAAAAAACUAAGCAUUUUUGGUUUUAUCUAAAAGGAAAUUCCAAUCAAAAUGAAACAAAGAAAUUACGUUUUAGGUACAUUAUACUCAUGAUAAUGUAAAAUAAAAUAAAUCGAAAUAACUGUCAGAAAGUGUUUACAAUAUUCAAAAAUGUUCAUAUGGUAACACUUUUUUUUUAAUGGCUACUAGGUUAUUAUGGCGGUUUUAAAAUGAUUAGCUCCAUUUUAAAGUCAGACUCCGGAGGAAAAACAAUUUUUGAUAUGUUGUAGAACUGAUUUUCCUUAGACAGAAAAAAGUUGUUUGACGAAAAACUGGGGAAUAGUGAACGAGAUACAGAUUUUGGAAUAUUAACAAACUGUGGGAAAAGGGCGUAAGCUCCCAUUUUUACACAUUUUCACGCAGCUUUUAAAUAUUCAAAAAUCUGUAUCUCGUUCACCGCUGCUCAGUUUUUAAAAUCAGUUCUACAACAUAAUUUUUUUUCCUCCGGAGCCUGACUUUAAAGGAGGUAGCUUAAGAUUUCACUUUGGUAAUUAAGGACUUUUACCUGAUAAAAAGCAUUGAUUCAAUAUGUUAGUGUCCAUAACUAUUCCUUGUUUUUAUGCCACCCUCUCAGAAUAUAGCUUUUUUUCAGUGCGUUUAUAUACUGUGUGUUUAGUCAAAAUAACUUAAAUAAUAAUAAACAUAAUAAUAAUAGAGCAUUUAUAUAGUGCCUAAUGGAUCUAGAUCCCUCUAAGCGCAUAAUCAAUUACAGAUCCCUCUAAGCGCAUAAGCAAAUAUUAAAAAUUGUUUUGAUGGCUGUUAUAGCAACUAUCAAAGGUUUUUAAGUGAGUAGCUUCAUUUUAGAAGAGCUUUAUUUUACUCGAUGACUUUUAUGAUAAAAGGCCUUGGUUGUGACAAAGUGACAAUAAAUAGUCCUUGUCCUUGUAGUGCUUUGAUACAUUUUAUAUUGAAAUGUGUACGGGAUGUUGAUGACGACAGUUAUGUUGAUAAUGAUUAUCUAAUGAUGACCUGAUGACGGUGAGGGCCAUGGCGAUCAUGAAUACUGCAUUACUGUAUUGCAAUUAUGGUGUAAGAGUUUUAAUAACAAUUAAAAUACCCU